AUGGAGUCCAAUGAUCUCGACCUCAGUGACCCCGCCGUGGUCUCUGUAGUGAUUGAUGUCAUGCAGCAUAACGACCACCAGAGAAAACGGCUGUAUCCAAAGGUUUUCUACGUUGGCGGUCACUGGGUUGGUCGAGUUCGGCCCCAAUACUUCCCCAUUGCACUCAAGUCCAAUGACCUCGGCAUUCGUUACGUACCCGACAACGUCCUCGAUGAGCUGAUUCCCGAAUGGAGAGAAUACAUGAACGGAAAGCUUCUCCCUAUCAAUUCGAGGACCUUUGACGAUGCAUGGUUGGCCUGGUGCGCCCGCGAGCGACAAAAGUAUGCCGUUAACCGUGUACCUUUCCCCAAGCCACGCUCGUCUUCGGCCCCAAGCAAUGCACAUGGUGGAGCUACGACUGCUCCCCCACAGACCGAACAGACUCAGGGCACUGGACAGUUUUCGACUACGACAGCACAGGGCAGUCAAAGCAUGGAGGCUGUGGCAGUCAUGAUGGAGACCCUCGGCAGAAGUAACCAGCAAUUGGCUCGGAUGGUGUUCCAACAAGGCGAGCAGCAACUGCGUCUCGCCCAGAUGCUACGAGAUCCCAGACGCAGACAGUAG